GUGAAGCUCAGCCUCAGGAGGUUGUUUGUGAGGGUGCUGCUCAGCCCCAUGGUGUUGUUUGUGGGGGUGAAGCUCAGCCCCGUGGGGUUGCUUGUGGGGGGCAGUGCUCAGACCCACCAUCAAUCCCCCCAGCCAACAGGAGAAAUUACGUUGCUUUGCUCUCACCCUAAAGAUCUCCCCAAGGCCAGAAAAGGAACCCAGGCACACGGGGCACCCCAGGUCCCCCCCCGGGCACCCCAGUUGGAGGAGCAGAGCACCCCAGCUCCCAUCCCAGCUCCUUCCACCAGGCUUCGCUGCCCUCCCGGCAGGGACGCCAGGCAGCGAGGCGGGCGCAGGCUCCCGCUGCCCCAACCUGCUGAGGCUCGUCCUCUUCCAGCAGGACUUUCAGGUUCCCUCAGUCCCCGCCGGGGCCACGCUGGGCUGGGCUGGGCCACAACGAGCCCUGCCACCAGCCGGGCUGGGAGCCUGGCAGCGCGGCUGGACCUCGGCCGGGCGCCGGGCAUGAGCCCGCGAGGGUCUCCUGGCCACAGCCCCCUGGGGCCAGGCGCUUGGGGGGGGUCCAUGCUCCAGGGCUGGAGAUGAGCCAGCUCCGUCUUCGCCCGCCGGAGAGGGAUGGUGCCGGGACCCUCGAGGGGUGCAUCCCUGCCACCCCCCGCCAUGCCCGCCGCCGCCCUCCGCCUGCUCUGCGGGGUGGUGAUGCCGGCCGCCAUGCUCUGCGCCGAGCCCCUGCCCCGCGUCGCCUUCCCCAGCGGGGACCCCCACCGGACCCUGACGCACUUCAGCCAGGACAACGUCUCCCACUACGACAUCUUCCUCCUGCACGAGAGCGAGGAGGAGCUGUACGUGGGGGCACGGGACCGGGUGCUGGCCCUCGCCAUCGGCACCCCUGGCAGCAUCCGUGCCAAAGCCUCGAUAACGUGGGGACCCACGGCCGAGAAAACCUCCGAGUGCACUUUUAAGAAGAAGAGCCAGGAGACCGAGUGCUUCAACUUCAUCCGUGUCCUGGUGGCCCUGAACCAGACCCACCUCUACGUCUGCGGGACCUACGCCUUCAGCCCCGCCUGCACCUACAUCCACCGGGAGAACUUCACCCUGGCGUCCAACAGCAGAGGACAACCCUUCCUGGACGGGAAGGGCCAGUGCCCCUUUGACCCCCAGCACACCUACACGGCCCUGCUGGUGGACGGCGAGCUCUACGCCGGCACCAUGAACAACUUCCAGGGCAACGAGCCCAUCAUCUCCCGCUCGCUGGGCAGCCGGACCCUCCUCAAGACGGAUGCCUUCCUCCGCUGGCUUUCAGCCGACGCCGCCUUCGUGGCCUCCUUCAGCAUCCCUGGAGAUGACAAGGUCUACUUCUUCUUCGAGGAGACGGCCGAUGAGUUCGACUUCUUCGAGCGGCUCCUGGUGCCGCGGGUGGCCCGGGUCUGCAAGAGCGAUGUCGGGGGGGACAAGGUGCUGCAGAAGAAGUGGACGACGUUCCUGAAGGCCCAGCUGGUCUGCUCCCAACCCGGCCGCUUCCCCUUCAACGUCAUCCAUCACGCCUUCGCCCUGCCCCGCCGCCGCGGCGGCGCCGACUUCUACGCCGUCUUCACCUCACAGUGGCAGGCGGGCAGGGCGGGCAGUGCCGCCGUCUGCGCCUACAGCCAGGAGGCUCUGGAGGAGGUCUUCGAGGGCAAGUACAAGGAGCUGAACAAGGAGAGCUCCCGCUGGACGGUUUACGGUGGCCCUGACAUGAGUCCCCGGCCCGGCAGCUGCCACAUGGGUCCCUCCUCUGACAAAGCCCUCACCUUCAUGAAGGAGCAUUUCCUGAUGGAUGGGAAGGUGACGCCCAUCCAGGGACGGCCAUUGCUGGUGAAGACAGACGUCACAUACACGCGCAUCGUGGUGGACGAGACUCGUGGCAUCUCAGGGACCACCUACCAUGUCAUGUUCCUGGCCACAGCGGAGGGUUUCCUGCACAAAGCGGUGGAGCUCCCUGAGGGUCCCCACAUUGUGGAGAGCAUCCAGCUCUUCAAGACACCGGAGCCCGUGAAGAACCUGCUGCUGGCCCCAGGGAAGGGCGUCCUCUACGUGGGCUACUCCGGUGGCGUCCUUCAAGUCCCGCUGGCCAACUGCAGCCUGCACCGGAGCUGCGCCGAGUGUGUGCUGGCCCGGGACCCGUACUGUGCCUGGCACAGCCUGGAGGGCUCCUGCCAGCCCACCCGUGCCACCGCUACCGAGGACACGAGCGCGUGGGUGCAGGACGUGGAAGCGGGGAGCCCAGCCACCCCGUGCCACCGCGGGAGGAGCGUGGCCAUACCCCGGUCCUGGGGGGCACCGGAGGAUCCCGCCGCAGAGAGGAUCAGCCCCCAGCUCAACGCCGUGGUCCACCUGCCAUGCCCCCGCCGUUCCGCCCUGGCCAACUACAGCUGGCAGCAGCCCGGGGGCCCUGGGGACCGGGGGGGCACGACGCUGCUGCCCAACCAGACGCUGGUGGUCAUCAUGCAACAGGGGACCGCUGGCACCUACAAGUGCCAGGCCACCGAGAACGGCUACACCUGGACCGUGGCUCACUACCACCUACAGGACCCCAGUGGGGCGGCCCCCGAAACGGACGGGCUGGCUGAGGAGGGGUUGUCCUGGGGGUCCUCGGCCCCCGGCACCCCCCGGUCUUACUGGCCCCAGUUUGUCACCGUCACCGUGCUGCUGGCCGUGACGCUGGUGGCCGCCGCCUGCCUGGCCCUGCUCGCCUACCACGACCAGCUCAAAGCCAGGAGCAAGGUACGGGGGUGCAGUGCGCCCCACAGCCCCCCAUCCCAGCGCCGGGAGAAGGUACCCCUCAACGGGGGGACUGGAGAGCUCCCGGCACCCGGAGUCCCCACCACGGAGGAGGAGGAAGACGACGAAAGCUCCCGCGCUUGUUGCCUCCAGCUCGACGGGGACAUCGAUGCCGAUAACAACAGGGUCCGUGUCCCUGCGGGGGGCACGGCGUGACAAUGCCACCAGGUCGGGGAGACCAUGGAGGAGCAGCGGGGUGCGAGGGGGGAUAUGAAUGUGAAGUUAUUUUUUUUUCUUUUUCUUUUUCUUUUUUUUUUUUUAAUUUAAUACCUGUGUUUUAACAUAAGGUGACAUUACAGGGUAGUGGC